CUGGCACCCGCCCCAACGCUCUGAGAAAGUGGUUCAACGGUGUUUUGCUUGAAACAAACGGUGAAAAUCUCAUUUGAGUCGAGGUGGUGGCCGCCUGGCGGCCAAUGCCUUUACUAGAGUUGUGUGAGAAGAGUGGUGCCCGGAAGUCGAGGUGAAGAUGGAACAAACAUGAUCGACAUCAACUUGCGAUUCUGCGGCAAUGGAGAGAAGUGAUCACUAUGGUAGGCAAGGUGAUUUGCAGUGGCCAGAAAGAAACAAAGCCCACUGGUAUGAGGAGGAGGAGGAGGAGGAGGAGGAGCAGCAGCAGCAGCAAGUUGCAUCCCAAUUGUCCCAUCAUGACCAUUGUCACUUUACCCAGAUAAAUCAACCAGUUGUCGACUCUCCCCAGGAUGAUAAAUCAAAUGCUUUUCAAAAUUACUCCCGUCACAUGCAAUGUGACAACAGUGACUCAAGUAGGCCUAUUUUGGAACAUGUCAGCACCGCAACUGGUAAUCAGACCUGGCCAAGAACAAGUCAACAACCUGCGACAGAAACUGAUCCAGGGAACGAUUCAUCCUUAUCAGAUUGGCCUCUUGGUGGCAUUAAGUGCUUUGAUCACAAAGAAAAAUGUUUGGGUCAACUUCUAGAUGAAGAGCUGAAAACAGUGGAUCAGGCAGGGCUGAGCAUCCCCAGUGGACAGCUGGAUUUUACAGGGAAACUGCCAUCUCUCUAUUCUUCUGGCAUAUCAUGUGAUGGCUGUGAAUUUCAAAACCGCGAGGCAGAGUUGGCCAGUAGUGAUAAGCCAUACUCUCUUUCUGAUGCAAUAACCUAUCGUGAAGGGUAUGGGUGCCUAUCAUCCAUUCCUCAGUUGGAAGGCUCUGCCAUGACUGGAAUGUUUUUGGAACGAUUCUUUGAACCCAAUUGCUAUGAAGACCACAGCUUCCCUUUCAGAACGAAUGACAGUCUAUCAUUUCUUGACAACUUAGACUGCAUGCGUUCUGCCAAUGCUUCACCAGAAGAUGCAACAGAUAAAUGUGAUGAUUUCAAUGAACGUGAAGGUAUGACCGAAAGCGAUAUAAAGUCAACGGAAGAGGUUAGACAUCCCAUGAAAAUGACCAACAAAAAAAGCGGCAAACGACAAAGGAACAAAUCGGUGACAAAAGAUUCUUCAAACACCUGCAAUAAGGAAGAUGUGAGGGAGCACAUAAAGAAGAAUAGCAAGUCUUCAGGAAAUAAGCAUCGGCACUCAAAGGCUGAGAGGAGGCGACAGCAUACUGAAAACAGGCACAGGUUAAAGAAUGGAGUGCAGAGACAGUCUGAGGAGUUACUUUGGAGAUGCGUAACCUUUGUUAAAAUUGUUAUGGAUGUCAUUCUUUUUGUGACUCUCAAGUGUGGAGAGUACGUGGAGAUGGGGGGAAAGCUUGUGUAUUCAUGUUGCCAGAUACACAAAGAGGAUUUUAUUUCCUUAAAGGGCAGUGCAAGGACCUCAAGCAUGUGGCUUCUUAAACAGGCAAAGUUAGGGUCGGAGAAGCUCAGGCGGUUUUGCCUUUCCCUUCUAAAGAUGACACUAAAGUUUUUAAAAAUGCUGCUUGCUCUGCUUUUUCUAGUACUAAUGUUAUUUAUAGGAUGCUUACGACUUGGCUACAAAUAUGCAAAGGCUGGUGUUUUCAUAAUUUUUCAGAGGCUACCCAUUUGGGGUCAAGAAAACUUUCCCCACUUAGGAACUGUUUGUUUUCUGCAAAGCUUGUGUUCACAUAUAGAAGAAUCUAGAACUUGGAAUUAUUUGAAAAGACUAUGGGAAAAAUUGAAAAUGAGAUUCUGGCUAACUGCUAAAUGGCGGACUGUGGGCCAGUCUCCCCCUUCACCUCCUUCACCCAAGUCACCUAGUGCUAAUAGGUUCCAGCCAGAUCACGAGGUUGACCGGCUGUUGGCAAUGGCUGAUGUACCAGAGGAGGAGCUGGAUCCUUUUAAAGUUCUGGGCGUGGAGGUAAUGGCCACUGAUGCUGAGCUGAAAAAGGCUUAUCGGCAGUUGGCUGUGCUGGUUCACCCUGAUAAAAACCGACACCCACGAUCGGAGGAAGCUUUUAAGGUGGUGCGAGCAGCGUGGGAUAUUGUGAGCAAUCCUGAAAGGAGGAAGGAAUAUGAAAUCAAACGGGCCGCAGAGAGUGAGUUACAUCAGUCCAUGAACGAGUUUCUCACCAAACUCCAGGAUGACCUGAAGGAGGCCAUGAACACUAUGAUGUGCAGUAAAUGUGAAGGAAAACACAAGAGGUUUGAAAUGGAUCGUGACCCUCAGGUAGCUCGAUACUGUGCUGAGUGUAAUAAGAGACACCCUGUGGAGGAUGGAGACUUCUGGGCAGAAUCAAGCAUGCUGGGAUUAAAAAUCACUUACUUUGCCAUGAUGGAUGGCAGAGUCUAUGAUAUCACAGAAUGGGCUGGUUGUCAGAGGGUAGGAAUAUCUCCUGAUAUGCAUCAUGUUCCUUACCAUAUAUCUUUUGCUACAAGAGCUUCUGGAGGCAGUGGUCGUCAUAGGGCUGGUUCAGACAAUGGCCCAACUUCUCCUGCUGACCUCCAAGAAUUUUUCAGCAAGAUUUUCCAGGGAGCUACAACACAGGCCAACGGUAGCUUCUUCAACCAAUCCCAAAUGGGGCCCAAUGGUCAGGCAAAGGGAGAGCCAACACAGAGAACCGACACAAGGCAAAAGAGAAGGAAGAAGGUGCGACGGACAUUCCCACGCUGAGCCUUAAACUUGCUAAAAUAAACCUCAGCGAUCACCUCAGUAGGCUAGAUAGCAGCCUGACUGAGAAGAUCAAACCCUGUCUAGAUUAGAAUGAAGACAAAUAAAAGUCCUCUUCUAUUGAAUUGAAUGAAUAGACUUGAACGUUGUUUUUUAACAUUUUAAUUUGGGUGUACAGUAGCAACUAAAGUGAUGUUAAGAGGGCUUUUAAUAAUUUGUUAGUUAAGGACAAAUUAAUUUCUGGUUUCAACAGGUAGAAUGGAAAAAUAGCCAGUAGGUGUCAUUUUAAACAUUUUAUUAUUUUUCCAUGCUCAGCUACCUCCUUUCAAAAUGUUCCUUUUCUCGGCUUUUCCUUUCCCCAAGGUCUUACAUCUUCCUGGCCAUUUUUAAUGGGGAAAAGCCUGCAGUGCAAAAGGAACAGACUAAACGUCAUGCUUGGCUGAUGGUCUGAUUUCCACAGUAUAAUAGGUAUUUUCUUUUUAAAAGAAAGCACUUUAAAAAAAAAGAAACCAGAAAAUAAUUUGAAUAAAUGGUUUAAAAUUGGCACACUUAUUGUGAUUUAGGGAUGGGAUACAAUUUCUUUUUAUAACUUUAAAAAUAUUAAAUAUUUAUUGGAAAAAUUACUGUGCUGCAGAAAUCAUACACAAAUCUUAUAAACAAAAUAUGAAACUUUGAUAACUACUAUAAAUAGAAAAAUUGAGUUGUACUUUUAUUUUUGUCUCUUACUGUUGUAAUGUCCAUCUCUUCCCUCCUCCCCCGAUUCAGAUUUGUCACAUGUACAUCAAGACAUGUGAAAUGCAUCACCUCCCACCCCCCUCCCCCUCUCUCUCCCUCUCCCCCUCUCUCUCCCUCUCUCUCCCUCUCCCCCUCUCUCUCCCUCUCCCCCUCUCUCUCCCUCUCCCCCUCU